AACUUUUUUGCGUGACGCAUUGCGCAUCGGAUUUUAGUGCAUUGGUUUUAUCUGAACGGCGGAUUCGCCGUUCGCGACAAUUAGAAAGUUAAAGUCGGUUCAGCGCGUUUGGGGCAGCGGGCAGUUCUUGGGCAGCUCCAGUGGAUAGUUCUGCAAAUUUAGUGUUUCGGCUGUGAUUAGUUUGUGGAGAAUAUCAAGGGAAGUCAAUGGUCGUGAUAAAGUUCGAAUAGAACAUCAUGGAUAGCAACGUAAGCCAUCAUGUGGCUGACGCAGGGGAAGAAUCUUGGAUACAUAUUGCCUACGCUCAACUCCUAACUGCGAUUAGUUUAAUUGGAGCAGAAUUACUUUACAGGGCGCUUACAGCUUCCUACGAAUAUAUAGUGCACUGGAAGCAUUAUCCACCAAAUCGACGAUUGCUCUCAGUGUGUACCUACGCAUUGGCCAAGAGCCAUGUUCGCACAUAUUAUAUGCUACCUGUUUUGAUAAUUGUACUGUUUUUAAUACAAAGAAAUGAUGACAGUGCCUGGGAGUACAUUUUGAAAAGUUUUAAUGUUAUUUCAUUGCCGUACAUUGUCCUGCGGAUCUUAUGUUUCACAUACACUAACGUAGAAUUGGCUAGGUGGAUUCGUUCUGGCUCGGGUUUAGAUUAUGGCACUGGUAUGGCAUCCAACUAUUUUCAUGGAUACCUUCACUUGGAGCUCCCUGAAACGGGGCAUCAAACGAAAGGAUUGACAGAACGUAUUCAGGACUAUGAAGACACUGAAGGUGUGUACAUACCUAUCAAGAAACUAUUCAUUCUGAUUCCGCAAUCUUUGCACACUAAGCCAAAGAUUCAGAGUUCAUCCAUGCACGCCGUUAAGCAUCUGGAGACUGUUAUUUUAGAUAGAGGCGGUGUAAAAAGACCCUUUAAAAAUGCUGUAUAUCGAGUUAGUGGAUGCGGCCCUGAGAAAAAUCUCACUUGGUACGUUGUGUUGGAAGGUGCCACACCAAUGAUGAGCUUUUACGAAGGUCUCACCUAUCGACUGACAUGUACUGGUGAAAUGUAUGAUAUGAAACGAGAAAUAACGUUGCAAUUUUACCGAGCAUUGAAGAAGAUCGUGACAAACUGCCCGGACACUAAGGAUCUAGUCGAAUUAGUUUAUUAUAAUGAUACUACGGCCGAGGGGGAUGAUGUUGAUGUUGGAGAGGUUGUCAAGGAACGUCUGCAAACAUUGGUUAGCAAGAGUGGUCUUCCUCUAAAGUAACAAGAGCCGCAUUUGCGGUGCGGUUUCCUCCAGAUCAAUUAGCAUUUAAAGUGAAAAAACUUGUUUAUUUUGUGCAUUUAUUUCGAGAAAUGAUAUUUUUAUUGUGCUCAAAAUCAGUGCCUUCGAUUAACUUCUAUGUGGAUUGCAGAAAAUCCCCAAGGCCAAUUUGGGUCGAUUUUUAAUUUAUUAUGGACUGGAAUGCGAUUCAGUUUCAUCGUCAUAAAUGUAAAGUCGUGGUAGUAAUAAGUUUUUGGGGAACGAUAUAAUCGUCUGAAUAAUUCAUUUUAUCUUCUGUGUUAAGUCUAACUUUCGUGGGAUAACAACUUUGCAGUACAACAAAUAUAUGGGAACACAUUUUAGUUCAAAGAUAAAAAUGACAAUUGUUUCGACCUUAGAUGAGUUGCUAUGAAUGUUAUUUGUAAUAUUUCUGCUUUUAUUAGCUUGUCGCAAUUUUAUUGAUUUUUUUAUUGAGUCCAGGAACAGACAAGUACGCCCUGUGAUGGUUGUUAAUAAUUUUGUUACGAAAGGAUUAUGAAAUAAUCUGUUAUUCUAAAAAAUUUAAGUUAUAUCGAAAAAUUAGUAGAAUUGACAAUUCAUUUAUGUUUAAAACAAAAUGCAAAAGCCUUUUAUCAUGAAAUUGUUUCUUAGCUUUAAGGAUUUCUGCCCAAUUACUCAGAGUUUAUAUCAUGCAAUUCAGAGAAAAAGAUAGUUAAGAUUUUAUAUUUUGGUACUAACAUCUUAUGAGACAUGCAUUUUUAUAGGCAAAAUAAAACAUAUGUCUAAUA